UCUUACACUGCACGCACCAUGGCUGGCACUAAGGGAGUAGACACGGUAGAUAUUGUGAUAAUCUGCUUGUAUUUUGUUGUCGUCGCUUUAGUCGGCUUGUGGUCGAUGUACAAGUCCAAGCGAAGCAAUGCGAGGGGAUACUUUCUAGCGGGUAGAACGAUGACUUGGUGGCCGGUUGGCGCUUCCAUCUUCGCCAGUAAUGUCGGGACGGGUCACUUUAUCGGAAUGGCCGGUACUGGGGCAGUUUCGGGCUUGGCUGUCGGUAUCUACGAAGUCCAGGCAAUCUACUAUGUCCUCUUGCUCGGGUGGGUUUUCGUCCCCGUUUACACUUCUGCAGGGGUAUUCACGAUGCCGGAGUAUCUAAGGAAGCGCUACGGAGGUCAAAGGUUACGAAUCGUCGUGUCCGUGUACUCGCUAUUUCUGUACAUCCUCAUGAAAAUAUCGGUCGAUAUCUUUUCUGGAGCCAUCUUCAUCCAGCAAGCAUUCGAUUGGAACAUGUACUUUUCGACUGUGGUACUGUUGCUGUUUACUACCACAUACACAGUAACAGGUGGUCUCGGGGCGGUGAUGUACACAGACACGCUGGGUUCGUUCGUCAUGGUCAUCGGUGGAUUUGUGCUCAUGGGACUCGCUCUCGGCGAAGUAGGAGGGUACGAGGAACUACAAGUGAAGUACAUGCAAGCCAUCCCCAACACGACCCUGGCUGACCCGACCACGGCGUGCGGCUACCCACGAGCAGACGCCUUCAAUAUGAUGCGGGACCCGGUCACAUCGGACCAGCCCUGGCCUGGUGCGGUCAUCGGGCUUUUCUUCAUGGGCACUUGGUACUUCUGCGCCGAUCAGGUGAUUGUUCAGCGUGCUCUGGCGGCCAAGAACGUCACCCACGCCAAGGCGGGAUCCGUGCUCGCCAGUUACCUCAAACUUGGAUUGACUUUUAUGAUUGUCUUGCCAGGCAUGAUUGCACGGAUACUUUUCACAGAUGAUGUUGCAUGCGUCGACCCGGCCGAGUGUAAACGAAUCUGUGAUAGUGAAGUAGGAUGCAGCAACAUCGCAUACCCGAAGCUGGUGAUGGAGCUUAUGCCCAGUGGUGUCCGUGGUUUGAUGGUGGCAGUCAUGAUGGCUGCCCUCAUGAGUUCACUCACGUCCAUCUUCAACAGCGGUAGCACCAUCUUCACUAUGGACAUCUGGCGUCGAAUUCGACCGAAGGCAACCAAUAGGGAAAUCAUGGCUGUUGGGAGGUUGUUCGUGGUCUUUUUGUUGGCUGUCAGCCUCAUGUGGGUACCCGUCGUCCAAUCAUCGCAAUCGGGCCAAUUAGUCGACUACAUCAACUCCAUGCAGUCCUACUUUACACCGCCCAUCUUUGCCUGUUUCGCCAUGGGCGUGGCCUGGGAGCGAACCACGGAGCAGGGUGCCUUUUGGGGGCUCAUCAUCGGUAUAGCCCUGGGUGUGCUGCGCAUGAUCCUUGACAUCAUCUACCCAGCACCGCCUUGUGGAAGUCCAGACACCAGACCGGCCGUGGUUUCUAAGAUUCACUUCUUGUACUUCAACUGCAUCGUCGCUGUCAUCUCAUUGUCAGUGACAAUUGUGAUCAGCUUAUUGACACAGAAACUACCAGAUGAAUAUGUGGUUGGGAUGACGUGGUCCACACGUGGCAAACGGCCAUUGGUUCCCUCUGGAAGUAGCAGGAAGAUUGUGCCGGUAAGCGAGGAAGAAGACGAGGAAGAAUCGGACGAUGAGGUUGACAAGCAAGUCCCGCGUUGGAAGAAAGCCGUCUUCUGGCUGUGCGGCAUUUCGGAAGAAGUCGACGAAUCCUCGGAGAACGUCGCGUCCAUCAAAGAAAAUCCAAAAUGGCAGAAGUUCGUGGCAGUCAAUGCACUCAUCGUCAUCGGUUUUGCAAUUGGAAUUAAUGUCUUCGUUUGGUAAAAAAGAAAGGCUCAGGCUUGCUAUCACGUUGUGUAUAUAAUUCGAACAAGCAGCAGCACAUACAACAAUCACCCCGUUAACUACAUGUAGUUAUGCUGCGCAUCAGCCUCCUUAAUUAUAGAACCGUAAACCAAAAACCAAGUCGUCGGAGGCACUGUAGACGAAGAUUCUCUCGAGUGUCAUGUAGACGAAUGUCCUCCCAUCGCAUACGCAGUCUGAUGUUGACGGCCACCCACAACAUUUGAUGAAUUUGAGCUUAUCUUUCGACUAGCUCGGUAAUGAAGGGUCGGAACUUGGAGCAACGUAGCUUAAAGCAAAUAAAUUAACUUACGAUAUCUUCGUAGCCCGAUAUUGUGUUAAGGCCGUGUCCGAAACGGUCUUCCAGAGUGCUACGUCUAUUGUCAGCUUGUUCCGGCGAAGUUGGGUGGCGAAGACUUCGACAAUAUCUCUAGACAAGAGAUUCAAGCGCGGCCUUAUAGGCCUAUAACAGUUAUGACAAGGGAGUCUUCAAUAAGUCGUGACAAUUUGCAACGUUUUCUGAAUGUGGAUUAUUGUGUGAAAUGACACUCGACAAAAUCAUGGCAUCUUACACCAAUACGACUGACCUUUUUCUCUUCAAUUCAUCACGGAACGUGACUGAGAUGACUUAUUACUCUAGCGAGGAGGAUGUAUUUACCAGACUGGAUAACGGUCCGUAAGAAUGAUUAGGGGCUUGCGAACAUGCUUCGUCGUACUUACUUCCCUUUUGAUUGUCACUGGGAACAUCUUUAGUCUUUUCAUCAUGAGAUUCGUAGACUUGUCCCGGUUUCCUCCCAGCUCCAAGGUGUUCCUGUCCUACGUCAUUCUGUCCGAUUUAGUUUACGGUAUCUUUUCAUUGUUCUUAAUCGGCCCAGCUGCUCUCAACUUUUGGCCGUAUGGAAAGUUUCUCUGCGACGCCAGCCGCGUUGUGGAUUCUUGGAUUUGCUCCUGUUGCGUCAAUGCUGCCGUUCUCAUUACGAUCGACCGCCUCCUGGCUGUGCUUUACCCCCUCCGCCACGCCACAAUCAUCCCCAGAGGGAGAGAAAAUUAAUUCCAAAAAGCAACGAACUCUGACAACUCAAUCACGUCUGUCAAAAUAACUCAGAUAUGCAACUCAAAAUAACAUUCCUUUUUUUAAUAAGUGUCAUCGACAAGACCUCAUGUGGACUGCUUUACUUCUAAUUAUCGUCGCAAAACCACACAUGUCUGCAUAUUAAUAAUAAUUUAUACCAAAUUGUAUAAAGAAUCAUAAUUUGAAUAACCAUACGCCAGUGUGCGCUUUCGGUGAUAUUGAUCUACACAUACAGGAUAACUUUUGUGUCAUCUGGUGGAAAAUUAACAUAGCUUUAGUGAAAUAUUAAAUUGACAAAUUAACCUUAGAAAAUAAUUCUCAUCGCCCGUGAAGCAAUCAGCUGCAUGGAGCGAUUUUGAGCACGUGGCAUCUACUGCGUUCGUUUGUGCCCUGUAUAUGGCACG